AUGCGUAUCAGAUGCCAAGCCUCGGCCGACCUGCCCAACCAAGCAACCCACAUUCGGAGACCGGGCACCGCACCCCAAAUUCGAGAACUUCUGACAACGACUACCACCGCCAAAUACCGUCCGACAUUGAUCAGCUGCGCGUUCCGUAGGUCACCAGAAUCCGUCAAGAUGGCCAAAUCCAAGAACUCGUCUCAGCACAACCAAGCCAAGAAGGCUCACAAGAACGGCAUCAAGAAGCCCAAGACCCACAGAUAUCCCUCGCUGAAGGGCACGGAUCCUAAGUUCCGAAGAAACCACAGACACGCGCUGCACGGAACGAUGAAGGCACUGAAGGAGGUCAAGGAGGGAAAGCGAGAUGCCGCAUAG